AUGAAACUAUUUCAUAGGACAGGUUAUUAAUCAUAGAAUUUAAUCAUAGGAUAUACGUGUUUCUGUGAUUAUACGUGUGAUUAUUUGAAUAUGUUGUCGAUUUGUGGUUAAAAUGAAUAUUUUCGUUUCAAAGGUUUUGUUUGGAGUGGACGUUUGUAGGGGUGCGGAUGCUCCGAUCGGGUCACGCGGCGCGGUGACGAUGCCCUUCGUCUUUGUCUACGGGGCCGCCAUCUUGUCAUUGCUUACCGGCGACCGGCCCGCACCUGAAUUUCACCAAAACGCAACUGCAAACCGUUUAUCCGCUUCCCUGCCGUCUAAUUGCGGUGGUUUCGUUGCUUUGCACAUCCAUCAUUUUUGAACCCCACUGUAUUUUGACCCGCAUCUCAAGCUGCUUCACAGAGACGCGCUACCCGUGAGAGAAAAACGCCGGGUGCCGGGUACUUAUAUAAACGGAUUAAAAAUAGGUAUAACACCGGAGAUUUUGUGCAAGAGUGAAAUACACGUGUGCUAGCUGGGUAUUUUUUUUGGUAGAAUUUUCAAUAAAAAUGAGAGGAGGUUCUUCGUAUGGAGACAGAGAUAGACACCGCGGACGCGAUAGGAGGCCAUUAUUUUAUACAAUAUGCCUUUAUGAUCUUUAGUCCUCGCUUUGGGUCCAGUCGAAGUGGAUCAAAGUUUGGCACCCCUGGUGAGCGUCUGCGCAAGAAGAAAUGGGAUCUGGAUGAACUGCCCAAGUUUGAGAAGAACUUCUACACAGAGCACCCGGAGGUGCAGCAUAUGAGCCAGUAUGAAGUGGAGGAGUUCCGCAGAAAGAAGGAGAUCACCAUCAAGGGGUCUGGCUGUCCCAAACCAGUCACCAGUUUUAGUCAGGCACAGUUCCCUCAGUAUGUGAUGGAUGUGCUGAUGCAGCAGAACUUCAAGGAACCCACAGCCAUUCAGGCCCAAGGCUUCCCCCUGGCGUUGAGCGGGAGGGACAUGGUGGGAAUCGCUCAGACAGGCUCGGGAAAGACGUUGUCGUAUCUCCUGCCUGCCAUUGUGCACAUCAACCACCAGCCCUAUCUGGAGCGAGGAGAUGGACCUAUUUGCUUAGUUUUGGCUCCCACUCGAGAGUUGGCCCAGCAGGUUCAACAGGUGGCUUAUGACUAUGGAAAAUCAUCCCGCAUAAAGAGCACCUGCGUGUACGGAGGCGCACCUAAAGGCCCUCAGAUCCGGGACCUGGAGAGAGGAGUGGAGAUUUGCAUUGCCACCCCAGGCCGUCUUAUUGACUUUCUUGAAGCGGGCAAGACCAACUUGCGACGGUGCACCUACCUGGUGCUGGACGAGGCCGACCGCAUGUUGGACAUGGGCUUCGAGCCUCAGAUCCGCAAGAUUGUCGACCAGAUCCGGCCUGACCGGCAGACCCUGAUGUGGAGCGCCACCUGGCCAAAGGAGGUGCAGCGGCUUGCGGAGGACUUCCUGCGUGAAUACGUGCAGAUCAACGUAGGAGCCCUGGAGCUGAGCGCCAACCACAACAUCCUGCAGAUUGUGGACGUCUGCAUGGAGAGCGAGAAGGACAACAAGCUGCUUCAGCUGAUGGAGGAGAUCAUGGCGGAGAAGGAGAACAAGACCAUCAUAUUUGUGGAGACGAAAAAGCGUUGCGAUGACCUCACCCGCAGGAUGAGGAGAGAUGGGUGGCCGGCAAUGUGCAUCCAUGGCGACAAGAGCCAGCCAGAGCGAGACUGGGUUCUGUCAGAGUUCCGCAGCGGCAAAGCUCCCAUUCUCAUUGCUACUGAUGUCGCCUCCCGCGGUCUGGACGUGGAGGAUGUGAAGUUUGUGAUCAAUUAUGACUACCCCAACUCCUCGGAGGACUACAUCCACCGCAUUGGGCGCACGGCACGCAGCACUAACAAGGGCACCGCCUACACCUUCUUCACCCCGGGCAACCUGCGACAGGCCCGCGAGCUUAUCCGGGUCCUGGAGGAGGCCCGGCAAGCUAUCAACCCCAAGCUGCUGCAGCUGGUGGACUCUGGGCGUGGGGGCGGCGGUGGCGGAGGGGGGCGCUCUCGCUUCCGGGGCAGUGGUUCCAACGCCAACAAUCCCAACUUGAUGUACCAGGAAGAGUGUGACCGGCGUAUGCGCACGGUUGGUGGGGGUGACAAAGACAGCCGGGGGGGGACGACUACCAACAGCAGCAGCAGCUUCAACCGGGAUGGGAGAGGAGGGGGAGGAAGCCGGGAUGGGGACAGGUCAUCCUCAUCUUCAUCUUACAGGGACCGGAGCAGCAGCAGUCGGAGCGGGGGGAGCUACGGCACAGGUUCUAACUCUGCGGCCUCCUUUGGUGGCACGGGGGACCAGUACCAGAGCGCCCAGUACAACUCCAGGGCUGGCUCUCAGUCCGGGGGGGGCACCGCAUCCGGAGGGAGCAGUGCGGGGGGGCAGGAUGCCUCGAGCCAGCAGCAGGGCCAGUUCGGCCGAGCCAGCCAGCCCCCACCACCCCCUCCAAGUGGACCCCAGCCCCUGAUGGCGCAGCAGUUUUCCCCACCUCAGCCAAUGAUGGGCUUCAUGGGGCAAGGUCCAUACCCUUUUGCUCCUCCCCCUCCUCCUCCCCCUCCCCCACCCAGGAAGUAAAGAUGUCGUAACUCCCUGUUGUGUCAGUCGGGGAAGCUGACGUAGGCCUGAAUCGUUGUCACUGUAUAAAUGUAGUUUUUAGGAAUGAUUAGGGAUUGGGGGGAAAUUAUAGGGCUAAUAUGGAGGGGGGUAUGAAAGGUUUUUUGGGGGGGAUCAAAACCAUCCCAUAAUAUCCUUGUGCAUGUACACCUGUUAGUUUGCACAACAAGAUGCUCGUUCAGCUCUCAGAUGCCCUCGUUGUGUCUCAGCGAUGUCUGAAUGGUAUAGCUGCAGGUGAGCGUGUCACUGACUGACCGCUAGGAGAUCGUUUUUUUCCCGAUACUCCUGUUGUUUAGUACUGCAUCCUCUGAAGUAAUAUUGCUUUCAGACUGUCUCUUUGAUUCUAUAAAAACCAAGUGUGAGGAUAAGGUGGUCUGGGAGGGCUUUGGUCUUCAUGUCAUCCCGACACAAUGCUUUGUGUCCAGCUGCAUGCUCGUUCAGACAUUUUGGCUGUGGAUGCGAAGGCCGCCAAACCCACAUAAGCAGCUGCUCGUUUUUCUUACAUACCUUGUGCUCUGCCGUCACUUUCUCUGCUAUCUGUACAGCAACUUAUUACGGUGUUUGCAAAUUGUCACCAAACGCCAUGCAAGUUUUGUUUUGGUGGAAAAAAUUGACGUUCACUUUGACGUUGACUUUUCUCAUAUGAGAGAUGUUUUUUUUUUUUUUUUACUCCCUGUAAUACACACCUCCUGGUAUUGAGUUGGGGAAUGUAUGGAGGUGCAUUUUGCUUCUUUUUUUUUUUUGGAAAAGGUAGGUGCUUCAAAAUCUACUUAGAGACUUGAUAGAAGUGAUUGCGCUGCUGACAGAUUUGCUCGUUGGCUUGUAAUGGUCAAAUUGCACAAUAAAAGGGAGUUAACAAGAAUCAUCCUUUUUAUUUGUACUGUGGAAUAAAUAAUUUCAAAACUUGUCCAGUUACAUUGUGUUGCACUUUGGAAUGGGAUGUAACCUUGGCAGCCGAAUGUAACUCCAGUGUGGUGUAGUAUUUAAUUUAUUUUAUAUUUUCUUGAAUUUUUGUUCAAAUAAUUAAUGGCUGCCAAAGGAAUUUUAUUAAUCCCAGUCUUAUGUGAGGUUAUGGGUAGGUUAAAAGGUUAGAGGAAUGUGGCACCCUCAUUCCUCACCCCUCCCCCUCCCUCAAACAGAUUUUGCAAGAUCUACUCUAUAUUCUUUUUAUAUUGGACUUUUCUGCUUUCCAGGUUCGAAUAAAGAUUUUGAACAUUCA